AGCAGGGGGGCCGCUAAUCCCCGUAUUACAGUACAGCUGGGCCCCCCUUAACACCGAAAACCCACCAGUCACAGUGUCUUUCUGAAAAAGUGGCGUUGACUAAUCGUCACACAUGUAAACAGUGGAAUUGGUUGCGACACCGCGUAUCUCAACCUACGGCGGCUAAAUCACUGCAAUUGGUUACUACAACUACAUUUCUGAAUGUCGCGGCAACUAAUCGCCCCAUGUGUCUUCGCAAUUACUGUGACCCCUUCGGCAAGACUGUAAUAGGCUCAAGAUGUUUUUUUCAACAAUGAGUUUUUUUUUUAUUGAGAGCAAUUGAACAGAAGGUAACGAUACAUUACUGUAACAGAAGAACAGGAAAAGGAAACGUGCAUCUGUCUGUGUUAAUGAGCAAUUUCCCAACAUGAGUUGUAGUGUCAGUGUCUAUUGGGCGGCAAUGUUUGGGGUAUCAUUGCCCAGGGGGGAUCUUUCCCUAUGUGCGUACUGAAAUCGAUAUAAUAAAUGUGGCAGGUUUAACCAGGGCUACCAGACUUACUUGCACCCAGACCUUUAUUUUUCAUAUUUAUUUUAUAGGGGGCGCCAUUCUGCAUCAUCCCCAAACACCCCCAAAUCUUUUAGCUUUUUUCUUAUAAGGACCCUGAUAAACAGAGGAAGAGGCAUUGUGAUGUCAUCACUUGUACUUGCUCAUCUUAGCCACAAUCACAUGUAACCCAUGGCAACACCAUUGUGAUGUCAUAAAGAUAAACACAGCUUUAGCAGCUGUCAGUCUGUAGUCAUUUCAAGUUUUAGCAGUUGAGGAGGAAGGAGCUCGCUCCCGAAUCCUUACAAUGCUACUUUUAAUUAUUAUUGUAUUUGUACUUUUACUCUUUUUUUCUCUUUUUUCACUGAUCAUGUCUGAUGAAACGCAGUCUUUAGGUUUUUCUUUUACAAAAUGUAUCCUGUUCGUGUUAUUGGGAUUUUCUGGAGGAUACUCAGGCCUGAGAUUUGCUUAUAUAGCUGUGGGAUUAGUGAUGUGGUACUGGUACCGAAAGCCCAAAGCCCAGGCCCCAGCAAUAAAGACUGAGGAUAAAGCCAAGGAACAGGCAAAGGCCCCACAGAAGGUCCAAGACGACCAAUUUGAAAGAGUGACGUGCCUGACAGUGUUUAUGGAGAAUAUGUGGCCUUACCUUCGCCAGUACUUGGUGAAAUUUCUGAAGCAGAAGAUUCAGCCCAAACUGCGUUCCCGCUCCAAAUAUCUGAGGCACUGUUCCUUUAUGGAUAUUGAUUUGGGCACAAAGCCCCCACAGGUGAAUCAUAUGAGAGUCCAAUCAGAUCUAGAGAAGAAGCAGAUUAUUGUGGAUCUCAAAAUCAGUUAUGAUGCCCCAGUGAAGGUGAAUAUUGGAUUCUUUGAAAGGCAUGUAGCCACAGUGAAUUCCAUAAAGCUUGAGGGAACAUUCCGGAUCAUUCUUGCCCCGCUGAUGGGAAACGCGCCCUUAGUUGGGGCAAUGACCUUCUAUUUCCCUCAACGACCGGAGUUGCAACUAGAAUGGACAGGAUUCACCCGCCUGCUCAGUAUUCCUGGUGUUCAGAGACUGACGCAGAAAAUGGUGGUGGAUAAAAUUGCAACAUUCUUGGUUUCCCCGAAACACAUAACGAAGCGCAUAACAUCGAAAUUUGAUGUGACUGAGCUGCACUUUAAAGAGCGCAAGAACGCACUUCGUAUCCACGUAUUAGGAGCUAAGAAUCUUGUCGCCAAGGACUUUAUCACGAAGAAAUCGGAUCCUUUUGUCGUUAUACGUGGAGGAGGCAAAACAUUCAAAACGAGUGUGAUCUCUAAGACCCUGAACCCGCGGUGGAACCAGAUAUUCGAGAUAUUAUUCUCGGAAUUACCAGGGCAGGAGAUAGUAUUUGAGGUUUUUGACAGAGAUGAAGCGAGAGAUGAGCCACUGGGCAGCUGUAAGAUUGCUGUUUCCCAGGUCCUAGAGAGGAAAUGCAUCAAUAAGUGGUUCCGGUUGGAGAAAGUGCAGUCUGGGGAGCUCCAUAUCAAGGUGGAAACUCUCAGACUCCUUUCAGACCCUGCCCAGCUGGAUAAGGUGUUACAACUGAACGAGCAAAUUCAGCCUCCCAAGAGUGAGGAGUUGUCAUCGGCCGUACUCUACACCAUUAUCCAAAAAGGCAGGGGUCUGCCGGUGAUAAGGCCGAAGAAAAGCAAUUUGAACCCGUUGGCCAAACUGCAGGUCACUGUCGGAGAUACAGUAAAGAAGAAAGGGGGCAAAAAGAAUAACGGAGAGCCAGAAUUUAAGAAGAGGAUGCAGUUCUUAAUAAAGGACCCACUUGGUGAGAAAAUGAAGCUAAAGGUACUAAAUGAGGACAAUAAAAUUCUGGGAAGUCUCUCUGUGCCCCUGUCGAACAUCAUGGCUGCCAAGGACAUGACCAUUGAGGAAUGGUUCCCCCUGAAGUCCAAAGCAAAGAACAGUGAGGUUCUACUGAAGCUGCAGCUGAGGAUUUUGGCCCCUCGCACUUUUGGUGUGAAGCCAUAGAACCAGAAAGACCAAAAUCGCCAAUCCCUGAUUGUUCUGUGCCGGACACUGCAGCGACCAACAGGCAAGUCACGAUCAGCUUGGUUGCUAUGAGCAAGUAGACCUGGCACAAACACAGGGCACUGAGGAGGAUGAAGGAGGAGGAAGAGGAGGAUUUAAUACCAAUAUAAAGCUUUGAAGCCAAAUAUUCUGGUUCACAAGGUAUGAUGCUCAGCUGAAGACAAAUUGGGGAUAAAGGGACCCUCCCUAGCCUUUUGGUAAAGGAGGGUCGGAAGACCGUUGCCCCUGAUGUGCCAUUGGGGAUAAAGGGACCCUCCCUAGCCUUUUGGCAAAGGAGCGUCUGAAGACCGUUGCCGCUGAUGUGCCAUUGGGGAUAAAGGGACCCUCCCUAGCCUUUUGGCAAAGGAGCGUCUGAAGAACGUUGCCGCUGAUGUGCCAUUGGGGAUAAAGGGACCCUCCCUAGCCUUUUGGCAAAGGAGCGUCUGAAGAACGUUGCCGCUGAUGUGCCAUUGGGGAUAAAGGGACCCUCCCUAGCCUUUUGGCAAAGGAGCGUCUGAAGACCGUUGCCGCUGAUGUGCCAUUGGGGAUAAAGGGACCCUCCCUAGCCUUUUGGCAAAGGAGCGUCUGAAGACCGUUGCCGCUGAUGUGCCAUUGGGGAUAAAGGGACCCUCCCUAGCCUUUUGGCAAAGGAGCGUCUGAAGACCGUUGCCGCUGAUGUGCCAUUGGGGAUAAAGGGACCCUCCCUAGCCUUUUGGCAAAGGAGCGUCUGAAGACCGUUGCCGCUGAUGUGCCAUUGGGGAUAAAGGGACCCUCCCUAGCCUUUUGGCAAAGGGGGGUCUGAAGACCGUUGGCCCUGAUGUGCCCUCUAGUUGGGGAUAAAGGGACCCUCCCUAGCCUUGCGGUGAAGGAGGGUCUGAAGACACUUUUUAAAAAUAUGUCAUUGCCAGAUAAAUAACCACAAUAAAAUCGCUUCUUAAUUCAGA